CCAACAUUUUUUCCGCGAUUGAGAACACCUCGAAGACGUCACACAGGAGGAAGAACAAAACAAGAUGGCGUCUGACGGAGAAUACGUUGUUUUGGUUAAUAUGGUUUCUUGGUCCUAAUUACAACGUACAUGUGCACAUGUGUGUCGUUUAAUAGAGUAAACGUCGUUAUUAUUGUUUGUAUGCACUUUGAGUGCACUUUGACGUGCGAGCCGAGCCUGCUGGUUAGCUUAGCUUGUUAGCUGCUAACAAACAGAGGCGGAAGUGAUCGACACAUCAAAGCAGAGAUCCCAAUAUGAAGAAUUAAUCCUCCAAAAGGAGAAAAAAAAGACGUCCGUGAAAAACAUCUUCACCCUGAGCAACAGAAAUGGAGCUUGAGGAUAUGGAAGGAGGAGCCACUGCCCUCCCAUAUUAAGAAGAAAGAGGAAUGCUCACUGAUUCCCCAUUUUUUUUUAAAAAGGAAGAGAAGGACCCACUGACACCCCAUUUUAAAGAGGAAGAGGAGGAACCACUAACACACAAUUUUAAAGAGGAAGAGGAGGACCCACUGACUUCCCAUUUUAAAGAGGAAGUGGUGGAUCCACUGAACCCUCACAUUAAGGAGGAAGAGAUGGAUCUACUGAGACCCCAUUUUAAAGAGGAAGAGGAGGACCCACAUACACCCCAUUUCAAAGAAGAAGAGGAGGACCCACUAAUAUCCAAUUUUAAAGAGGAAGAGGAGGACCCACUGACGCCCCUUUUUAAAGAGAAAGAGUUGGAUCCACAGAGCCCUCACAUUAAAGAGGAAGAGGUGGAACCACUGACCCCUCACAUUAAAGAGGAAGAGGAAGAACACAGCAUCAGUCAGCAGGGAGAGCAUCUAGAAGGACUGGAGGAGGUUGAUGUCACCAAGAUGCCAGUGACUGGUGUCCCUGUGAAGAGGGAAGAUGAUGAGGUCAAAGGUGAAAGUGAGGAGAGGGGAGGGGGGGAGCCUCCAAGCAGCAGCUCAACACAACACAUGACAACAGAAGCUGAUGGAGACCACUGUGGAGGAUCACAAGCAGACAAGCUCUUAGCUCCACUAUCAGAUAGUGAGGACACGACGUCACACUCUCCUGACACUGAUGAUGAAGACUCUAAAGAUGAUAAGACAUGUCACACUGACAACACUCACUUCACAUGUUCUCACUGUGACAAAACUUUUAAAUAUCCUAGUAAAUUGAAAAGACACAUGAGAACUCACACUGGAGAAAAACCUUUUUCAUGUUCAAUCUGCGGUAACGAUUUUACUCAUAGGCACGAUUUGAAAAUACACAUGAGAAUACACACUGGAGAAAAACCUUUUUCAUGUUCAAUCUGUGGCAAAGAUUUUACUCAUAGGCACAAUUUGAAAAUACACAUGAGAAUACACACUGGAGAAAAACCUUUCUCCUGCUCAGAAUGUGGUAAAGCUUUUGUACGAAGAAGCACUUUGAAAGUGCACAUGAGAACACACACUGGAGAAAAAUAUUUUUCUUGUUCAAUCUGCGGUAAAGAUUUUGUAAGAAGUCAGUGUUUAAAAGUACACGUGAGAACACACACUGAAGUAAAAAUGUUUUCUUGCUCAGAAUGUGGUAAAGCUUUUGUACGAAGAAGCACUUUGAAAGUACACAUUAGAACACACACUGGAGAAAAACCUUAAAGGGGAACAUUAUCACAAGUUCAGAAGGAUUAAAACCAAUAAAAAUUAGUUCCCAGUGGCUUAUUUUAUUUUUCAAUUUUUUUUUCAAAAUUUUACCCAUCAUGGAAUUGAUAUCUGUAAAUCCACUGUCCAUUUUCCUGUGACGUCAUCUAGCGGUGCCAAUACAAACAACAUGGCGGAUAGCACAGCAAGAUAUAGCGACAUUAGCUCUAAAUCAGACUCAGAUUUCAGCGGUUUAAGCGAUUCAACAGAUUAUGCAUGUAUUGAAACGGAUCGUUGGAGUAUGGAGGCAGAUAGUGAAAACGAAAUUGAAGAAGAAACUGAAGCUAUUGAGCGAAUAGCUAUUGAAGCUAUUCGGCGAUCACCUUCUAACCAACGAUUGCAUCUUUUGACCACUGGAGCAAUUUAAAUCCAUCGAUUGGCAAGUGUUUGUUUGGAAUUAAAUGUGGGUGGAGGGAAAGGCUGGAUGCAAAUAUAGCUACAAAUGUACAUACAGCUAGCCUAAAUAGCAUGUUAGCAUCGAUUAGCUGGCAGUCAUGCCGUGACCAAAUAUGUCUGAUUAGCACAUAAGUCAAUAACAUCAACAAAACUCACCUUUGUGAUUUCGUUGACUUUAUCGUUGGAAAUGCAUCUGCUUUGAGUGUCGCAGGAUAUCCACACGUUUCUCUGUGCCAUGUCUGUCGUAGCAUCGCGGUACAUACACUAAAUACAGCUAGCCUAAAUAGCAUGUUAGCAUCGAUUAGCUGGCAGUCAUGCCGCGACCAAAUAUGUCUGAUUAGCACAUAAGUCAAUAACAUCAACAAAACUCACCUUUGUGAUUUCGUUGACUUUAUCGUUGGAAAUGCAUCUGCUUUGAGUGUUGCAGGAUAUCCACACGUUUCUCUGUGCCAUGUCUGUCGUAGCAUCGCGGUACAUACAGUACAUACAGAUAGCCUAAAUAGCAUGUUAGCAUCGAUUAGCCUGCCGUGCUAAUCGAUGCACAUUCCACAUAACACAACUUGAAUCCGUCCCUGAUCGUGUUGUUACACCCUCCGACAACACACCGACGAGGCACGAUUUCUCCAAGGUACGGAUAACAGUCGAAAAAAUGGAAAAUAACAGCUGAUUUCACUCUGUGUAUGUAAUGUGUUUGAGAAAAUGGCGGAUUGAUUACCUAUGUGACGUCAUCGCUCCGAGAGCGAAUAAUAGAAAGGCUUUUUAUUCGCCAAAAUUCACCCAUUUAGAGUUCGCAAAUCGGUUGAAAAAAUAUAUGGUCUUUUUUCUGCAUCAUCAAGAUAUAUAUUGACGCUUACAUAGGUCUGGUGAUGAUGUUCCCCUUUAAACAAGUUCAGUAUGUUGUAAAAGUUUUAUACAAAGGCUGUAUUUUGAAAAGACAUGAGAAGACACACAGGAGAGAAAGUGUUGAGUUGCAGUGUGUGUGGUGAAAGAUUCUCUUCUAAGUACCAGUGUAAGAAACACAAGUGUGCUGGUGAGAACAGCAGCAGCAAAUGAAACUGCAGGAUUUGAAAUAAACUCUUAAAACUUUAACUUUGACCUUCUAACAACAUCAGCACAUAGAUUCUAACAUUUAUAGAUUAGAUAUUUUAGAUUAUUGCUUUUUUUUCAGUCAAGUACAUGUUUUAAUAUACGACAUUGUCUACUUUUAUUUAAAAAUGAACACAACUAAUUGACUGUAAAAAUGAGAAUAAACAGGACAAAAUAUGUUACAAAUACUUUUUAUGAGUGUAGAGAUAUUCAGUAAUCAUUUUUGAUUAUUAAUGAUGUUAUAAAUGAACUUUAUAUGAUGUACAUAUUUGUUUUACGUGUUCAUACCUUUCCUUUUGAGUACACAUAAAUCCCUAUUAGUUCAUAUUUACUAGUUCACAUCUGAAACAUCUUCUGGACCACUUCUGGAUGCAAAUUAUAUACUUUGUACAUCAUUUGAGAAGUUGUGUUUUAUACAAGAUCAUUUACUUUGAAAAUGUGUGACUUUGUGAAUCAUUUUUUAGGUCUCAAUAAUCUGUUCCUUUAAUUACCAUUAUUACUCUCUUUUGUAAGGUGAAUGUUGUUUUGUAUGUAUGUGCCCUUUAUGCAAUAUGUAGAUUAGAGAAAAUGGCAACAUAUGUGGAAGGUUAUGAAGGAUAAUUUUGUUUUUAAUAAUCCACAUUUUUAUUCAAAACACUACACGACAAUUGUUUUUUUAAAGUUGUUCAUGAUUUAUUCCCUCUUUUAGAAUCCCUCAAACGUUAUCAAUUUCAGAGAACAUGGAAACGUUUUGAAUGUUAGGGAAAAGUCAAUAAUGUACAUCCAUCCAUUUUUUAUACCACUUUUCCCUCUCAUUUUAUAUGUAAAGCCUUUAAUCACAAACUUGUCCGCCAAAGGGUGUUGCGUUUUGGAGAAACUCCUGUCAGAGUGCUGUUCAACACAAUAAAGAGGAACCCAAUAAUGCGCAGGAUGUUGAGUAAAACACUUCUUUUACUGCGGAAAUCUACUCACAAAAACAAUCCAAACUGGAGGUAACAAAAAGCGAUGGUGCGAAAGAGAAGAAAAAAUGUGCAUUGUGAAAAAACAAAAUCAAAAGCUACUUACAUGCAAAAAUAAACUCAACUUGGUUUGGAGUUACAAGACGUGCACACUACAAAACAACACCAAGAUGGAUGGCACUGGGAAUGGCCAAGGUAGCAAAAUACUGGAAGAGUGGAAUCACCGAGUGCCAUCCAGCUGUCACGGUGCUGCUUAAGUAGCACCAGGGUCUAUUGGAAGCAGCUGUGCACUUCCCACAACUCUGCCCACAAGGACAACACAGGAACCCCAGGAGGGAGGAGAAAUGUAAGAACAAGGUCAACCGCACCAAAAGAGGAAAACUGACAAUACAAACCACAAGGUGGCAGCAGGCGGUGACAACUUCCCUCAAAUUAAUUAGGGAAAAAAUGGACUGAGCAUAAGAUAAAUCAUCACAAUUGAAGUUAAAUCAUUUAAAAAGAUUAUUUUUGUAACUCACUUCUAUCCAAAUUCAUCCAGGAUAUUUCUCCAAAAUGUUCCAUUGGAGAAUGCUGUCAAACUGUAAUGUCUACUAGGAAAAUGUAAACCAAAUAUUUUUUUGUUAAAUUCUGUUAUUGUGUUUGUGUGUGUGUGUAAGUGUGUGUGUCUGUGUGUGUGUGUGUGUGUGU